GCGUGCGACUGACGCAACCAGGAGGACUGGACAUCCCACAAUGCAACGCGGUGUCCCGUGAAUCUCUUCUUCGUCAACACAUGGGGCCAGGGCUCGCUCAUGUUUUUCCUCGUUUGUCUUAAAAUAUAAAUACAUUUUAAUAAGCGCGCGUCUGUUGUCACACUGCCGCCAAAUGAAAGUUAAAGUGCUGUCGAGGAACCCGGAUGAUUAUGUUCGGGAGACCAAGCAUGACAUUCAGCGCGUCCCUAGAAACUAUGACCCAGCACUUCAUCCGUUCGAGGUGAGCAGGGAGUACACCCGGGCUCUGAAUGCCACCAAGCUCGAGAGGGUGUUUGCCAAGCCUUUCCUGGCCUCUCUGGAUGGACACCGGGAUGGGGUGAACUGCAUGGCCAAGCACACCACGAGCCUCUCCACCUUGCUCUCAGGCUCCUGUGACGGGGAGGUGAAAGUGUGGAAUCUGACCAAACACGAAUGUGUCCGCACACUCCAAGCACAUGAAGGUUUCGUUCGGGGAAUGGUUGUCCGCUAUUGUGGGACGUCCUUCUUUACGGUUGGUGACGACAAAACAAUCAAGCAGUGGAAAAUGGAGGCACCAGGUUACGGAGAGGAAGAGGAGCCACUCAACACUAUUCUGGGAAAGACAGUCUUCACAGGACUGGACCAUCACCAGAAGGAGGCUGUGUUUGCAACAUGUGGCCAGCAGGUGGACAUCUGGGAUGAGCAGAGGAGCAGCCCGAUCCGCUCUUUCACCUGGGGCGUGGACAGCUUCAGCGCUGUCCGAUUCAACCCAGUGGAGACUGAACUUCUCGCGAGCUGUGCCUCUGACAGAAGUAUAGUCCUGUAUGACAUGAGAGAAUCGGCACCACUUAAAAAGGUUAUUAUGACAAUGAGGAGCAACACGUUAUGCUGGAACCCUAUGGAAGCAUAUUACUUCACAUGUUCAAACGAGGACUACAACCUCUACACAUAUGACAUGAGGUACCUGAAACGGCCACUCACAGUGCACAUGGACCAUGUCUCUGCAGUGCUGGAUCUUGACUAUUCUCCCACAGGAAAGGAGUUUGUGUCUGCCAGUUUUGAUAAGACCAUCCGCAUCUUCCCAAAAGACGGAGGCCACAGCAGGGAAGUGUACCACACCAAACGCAUGCAGCAUGUCAUCUGCGUAAAGUGGUCGUCAGACAGCAAAUACAUCCUCAGCGGUUCUGAUGAAAUGAAUAUCCGACUGUGGAAGGCCAACGCAGCUGAGAAGCUCGGAGUGCUGGCCCCCAGAGAGAAACAGGCCAGGAAUUACAAUCAGAAGCUGAAGGAGAAGUUCCAGCACCACCCGCAGAUCAGACGCAUCGCUCAUCACCGACAUCUACCCAAGAACAUCUACCACCAGCGAAAAGAGCAGAGGAUUAUGAAAGAGGCUCGCCAAAGAAAGGAGAGGAAUGUCCGCAAGCACAGCAAACCAGGAUCUGUUCCCGUGGUGUCUGAGAAGGAGAAGCAUGUUGUCACCGUGGUGAAAUAAGACCGAGCUGGAGAAGAGAACAGAAGACAGAGGUGUUGCCAUCAAGAGAUGAGGUGGAACCCAAAGAUCACACCCACACGGGACAUGUUCAGGCUGCCUUUACUUAAGAAGGUUCACUUUGUCAGUUGUUGGGAAGUACAAGUGACCAGUUCUGCAUCGUUUGAAGUACGAGGACACAGACUGUAAAUACAUAAGAAAUAAAUCUUUCUGACGCUAACUUGGGUGACUAUCACAUGUUUUUCUUUGAGCCGGUUUAUUUUUUCAGCACAGGAUCCACGGCCACCAUGAAAAUUUAAGAAAUAAACGAUCGAAUGUGAUGUGACCUCAACAAUUGAUGUCCCUUGUGUUUUGAGUAGUUUUUUUUCCAGUCAAGACAUUUGCUCAGAUUAUUAAACUAGAAACAGUGUCAAGGUUUCAGUAUGCUUUAAAUGACAAAUGUGUCCUGUUAUACUCAAAGGCCUGUCAGAACGUUUGAUGUCACAGCUGGCUGUAUCCACAGUCGUUCCACAGGAGGUCUUCAAUGUGGUGAAUUGUACAAAUGGGGCUAAUGCUGCACACAUUGGAAUAGUCUCUCCAGGGUCCAGCCUCUCAUUGGUACACAUGAAAGUUGGUGGAAGUAGUUAUGACAAAAGAUGGGUUGAUUUCCCAGUGUCUCAGUAAGUAACACACAUUGUAAAAAAAGAUUUCUUUUAAAGCAUACUGAUUCCUUAAUGUUUGUACUUUGUUUUCUAAUGCUGGGACAUUUUAAGUUUUCUUUUAGCCUUUAUACUGGACAUACCAUGACAUUUGUAAAAAUAAAAUAAAAAUAAAAGUGGUUUUCAAUCAAGUUUCAUGUUUCCCUCAGUGUAAUUACCUAUGGGCUAGAGAGCAUACCACACUCACAAUCUUAAUGUAUAUGGAACCGACACUCUAUUUGCUCAUGUGUAUUUAUAAUAAACUUCUAAGCUCUAAA